AUGGCGACGCGCGGCGGCGCAGGCCGCGCGAUGCCCUGCGCCGGCGCCCCCGCGCCCCCGAGCGCCGCUUCCAGCCGCGCCCGCCGCCAUGGCCGCGCCCGCAGCACCGGGGGGGACGGGGAUGAGGCACCGCUCGCCGAGAGCCCGAACCUGCAGCCGUCGCGCGCCGACAGCCCCAUCGUGAUCCUUCAGGAUGCACAGCCGGCCCGGAAAGCGUCGUCCGCUGGCGGCCGCAAGCCAGACACCAUCCGUCUCAUCACCAAGGACCUCAUCCGUGACCUCGUCGUCCCCGUGGAGAACCCGGCAGCGUCCCUUGUGAUCAGCCUGGAGGAUUUCCAGCGCAUCAAAGAAGCAUCUCGAGUCCUGAGCAAGGAGGAGCGCGAGGCCAAGCUGGCAGCCCUCAAAGCGGAGAAGAACGCCGUUCUAGAAGCGGCGAGUGAGCGCAAGAACGCCAUGAAGCAGAGGGCCAUCCUGCAGCAGAGGAAGGACCACCUGAACGACCUGGAGGAGGAGGCGCGGGAGCGGGCCCAGCACCUGCUGCAGCGGGCGACCAGGAUGCGCAUGGAGCAGGAAGACGAGAUCAAGGAGUUCAGCGAGCUGAUCCUCAAUGCCAAGUGCCACAUGAUCCGUGACACCCAGAUCCUGGAGAAGCAGCUAAUCACAAAGGAGCUGGAGGAGGAGGAGAAGCGCCUGGCCCGGAUGAUGGAGGUGGAAAGACAGAAGGCCAGUGAAAGGCAGGAGGAACUGGAGUACAAAAGGAAGCAGCAGCUCAUCAGAGGGAGGCAGGAGCUCGUGAAGCAGAUCGAGAAGAAUGCAGAGGAGAGGGCUAUGAGAGCCGAGCAGCGGGACCAGGAGGCUCAGGAGAUGCUGGAGUGCUUGAAGAAGAUGCAGAUGGAAGACUUGAAGGACUUGGAGCGCAAGCAUAAGCAGCAGAGGAAAAUCCAGGCCGAGAUUAAACGUAUCAACAAUGAGAACCAGAGGCUCAAGGAGGAGCAGCUGCAGCGGGAGAAGAUGGCAGAUCAGCGGGUGCUGGAGUACCAGAGGCAGAAAAUGGCCCGGGAAGCGGAGUUUGAGGCUGAGCAGGAGAGAAUCCGUCGGGAGAAGGAGAAGGAGACGGCCCGUUUGAGGGCCUUGCAGGAGAGAGCGCAGGACUACCAGGCAGAGAAGGACGCGCUGAGGGCCAAGCGCAGCCAGGAGGCUGCCGAGCGGGAGUGGCGGCGCAAGGAGAAGGAGGCCGCCCGGAAGAAGGCCGAGACGGACAACAUGCUGAAGCAGAGCCGCCUGGAGCAGAUCGCCGCGCGGGAGCACAGCGUGGCCGUGCAGGUGCAGCAGGACCGCGACGACUUCGAAAGGAUCCUCAGGGCCCAGCGGGAGCAGAUUGAGAAGGAGAAGGUGGAGGAGGCGCAGAGGGCAGCGCUGCAGCUCGCGCACGCCAACGAAGUGCGGCGCCAGAUGCGGGAGCAUCAGCAGAAGCUGGUGCAGGAGCGCGUCGCCGCCUUCGAGGAGGGCCGGCGGCUGCAGGAGGAGGCCCGCCAGCGCAGCGAGCGCCUCACCGAGCUCAAGCGACAGAAGAUGCAGGAGCUCAGAGCCUCUGGCAUCCCGGAGAAAUACUGUGCCCAGGUGGAGCGGAAGGCUUUGAGCGAAGCAAGGGCAGCCCCCGGCCUGGCUCAGCCCUGCAAGGAAGCGAGUGCUGUUUCCCCAGCAACUUAAGAGUUUCUAUUUUCUUAGACUGA